UCUUCUUCUUCGCUUUGCGGCGGAGGCUGCAGCAAUGAGAGACCUCCAAACACCCAAGAAGAGAUCCACCUCCCGAUUCGAUCCCAAAUCCUCCUCAUCCCCUUCUCUCCCUCCUACUCCGCUCUCCUCCACUCCUCGCCGAUCCACGCGCCGCGCCUCCCUCCACUUCGACGCCCUCCCUCCUCCUUCUCUGGCGCCGCUAGUCGAAGAUCCACCACCGAAGAAGAGGAAAACUCCCAUAUCUACCACCGACGAUUCGACGCCGCCAAAGCCAAAGACCUCCGAAUCUGUUCACAAAGGCAAGAAAUCGAAGCACGAGGAGGAGGAGGAGAAGCCGAGCGCAGUGGUGUUCUCGCCGGUGUCACCGGAGCCGUCGGAGGGGAAGAAGAGGAAGAGGCAGGUGUUCUACAAGAAGGUGGUGUACGACGGCGGCGAGUUUGAGGUUGGUGGUGACGUGUAUGUGAAGAGGAAAGAGGAGGAGGACGGCGACGAAGAGGUGGGUGAGGUGGAGCAAUGUAGGGUUUGCUUCAAGUCUGGGAAGGCUGUGAUGAUCGAGUGUGAUGACUGUUUGGGUGGCUUUCAUUUGAAAUGCUUGAAGCCUCCCUUGAAGGAGGUUCCUGAAGGAGAUUGGGUCUGCGGUUAUUGCGCGGCUCGCAAAUUGGGGAAAGAGGUUCGGCUGCCUGCACCUCCUCCGGGGAGGAAGCUGGUCAGGACUUUUCGAGACAAGCUUCUCUCCAGCGAUUUGUGGGCUGCCCGCAUUGAGAGUAUAUGGAAAGAAGUGGAUGGGACUUAUUGGUGCCGGGUGCGUUGGUAUGUUAUUCCGGAAGAGACUGCGGCUGGAAGACAACCUCAUAAUCUGAGGAGGGAGAUUUAUCGCACGAAUGAUUUUGCCGACAUUGAGAUGGAAUCGAUUCUUCAACAUUGUUAUGUGAUGAAUCCUAAAGAAUAUGCCAAAGCCAAUGAAGGGGAUGAUGUCUUUUUAUGCGAAUAUGAAUAUGAUAUUCACUGGUACAGUUUCAAGCGUCUUGCAGAAAUUGAUGAUGAUGAAGAGCAUGAUGAUGCCGAGACUGAUGAAGAUUGGAAACGUGGCAAGGAUUCAGACUCUGAUACAGAAGAAGAAAUUGAAUUUGAAGAAGAGAGCACAAAGAAUAUACUGGCUAAACCAUCUCGAGCUCAUGAGUUGGCUGCAAAUUCGCAUAAGGGGCGGUUCUUUGGACUUCAAAAGAUUGGAAUGAAGAAAAUCCCUAAGCAUGUUAGAUGCCAUAAGCAGACUGCUCUUGAAAGAGCAAAAUCAACACUACUGUUGGCAUCAUUGCCUAAGUCUUUACCUUGCAGGGAUAAAGAAAUGUUGGAGAUAAGUACAUUCAUCAAGGGUGCCAUAUCUGAUGAUAAAUGUCUUGGACGCUGCCUCUACAUUCAUGGUGUUCCUGGAACUGGAAAGACUAUGAGUGUACUAGCAGUAAUGAGGAGUUUGAGGUCUGAAGUUGAUGCUGGAAAUAUAAAACCUUACUGUUUCGUGGAGAUAAAUGGUCUAAAGUUGGCGGCACCGGAGAAUAUCUACAGGGUUAUAUAUGAAGCAUUAAGUGGGCAUCGAGUUGGUUGGAGAAAGGCUCUCCACUUGCUAAACGAGCGAUUUUCUGAUGGAAAGAAAUUUGGAAAAGAGGAUGACAAACCUUGUAUUCUCCUUAUUGAUGAACUUGAUCUUCUCGUGACCAGAAACCAAUCGGUUCUCUACAACAUCCUUGACUGGCCAACAAAGCCACACUCAAAAUUAGUUGUAAUAGGCAUAGCAAAUACCAUGGAUCUCCCAGAAAAGUUGCUUCCUCGUAUUUCAAGUCGAAUGGGAAUCCAUCGGCUUUGCUUUGGCCCUUAUAAUUACCAGCAGCUUCAAGAGAUCAUUUCAAGUCGGCUUAGAGGAAUUGAUGCAUUUGAAAAACAAGCUAUAGAGUUUGCUUCAAGAAAGGUAGCAGCUAUUUCUGGAGAUGCUCGUCGUGCAUUGGAGAUAUGCAGGCGUGCAGCUGAAAUCACAGAUUACCGCAUAAAGAAGCUACUAUCAACUCCCAACAAUGCUUCUGAAGGUAAAGCACUUGUUGGUAUGGCAGAGGUUGAAGCAGCCAUAAAAGAAAUGUUCCAGGCACCUCAUAUCCAGGUGAUGAAAACUUGUUCCAAACUGAGUAAAAUAUAUUUGACUGCUAUGGUGUAUGAACUGUAUAAAACCGGAAUGGGUGAAACUACUUUUGAGAAGUUGGCAAUGACAGUAUAUAAUCUGUGUGCAAGCAAUGGAGAAGCAUUUCCUGGACAUGAUAUGCUGUUGAAAGUUGGUUGUAAGCUUGGUGAAUGCAGAAUUAUUCUAUGUGAAUCAGGAGCAAAGCACAGGUUGCAGAAGUUACAGCUCAACUUUCCGAGUGACGAUGUGGCAUUUGCACUGCAGGAGAGCAGGGAUUUACCUUGGUUGGCCAAGUAUCUUUGAGCUCAAUCGGUUGUUUUUCAUUAUUCAUUUGAGGAACAAUUUUGACCCUGAUUACUGUCAUUUGUUGUAAUUGUACAUCAUAUUUAUCUUCUUUUACAUUCCAAAAGUAAAUUAUUGUACUGUGUUCUUGAAUCAUCUGUUGAUCUGUUGUACAAUGUAUUUCUAUGAAUUCUAUCAACACAUGAUAUUCCUUCA